AUGGAGAAUGUGCGCGAUCGCGUUGAUAUAAAAUUGUUAACCAAAUGGGAAGGCAGAUACGGUGCUAAGGCAAUGAUCGCGAAACCCAACUUUCACAGUCGUAGCGUUUUCUCGGAGAAUCUGGUCGCGAUAGAACUGCGUAAGCUCGAGGUGAAGUUCGACAAACCAAUAUACGUGGGUAUGUUCAUCCUCGAUAUAUCGAAAACGUGUUUGUAUGAAUUUCACCACGAAUAUAUGGCACCGCUGUUUCGCGAAAAAUGCAAAAUUAUGUAUACCGAUACUGAUAGUCUCAUAUAUCAUGUAGAAUGUGACGAUGUAUAUGAAAUUAUAAAACGUGAUAUCGAUAGAUUUGAUACUAGCAAUUACUCUGUUGACAAUCAAUAUCGUAUUCCGCUCGCGAAUAAAAAAGUUCCUGGUCUUAUGAAAGACGAUAACAACGGUGCCAUCAUGACUGAAUUCAUCGGGCUUAGAGCGAAAAUGUACGCUUUACGUGUGCAAGGACAGAAGGAUACGAAAAAGGCAAAGGGUGUCAAAAGUAAUGUUGUGGCAAGAUCCAUAACUUUUGAUGAUUACACGCGAUGCUUAAACGAUGCUAUUGAAAUGACGCGCAGACAAUCGUGCAUCAGAUCGAAAUUGCAUGAGGUGUAUACGAUGUCGGAAAUGUAA